ACUCCUUUGCUUUUAUAACGUACUUCCAUUGUUCAGCAAAAAAAAUAACGUACUUCCAUUUCCUAAAGAACAUUCAGGCAGUAAUCAAACACAUAAAACAAAACCAUAUGUAUAAGCAUCCCCUAUCUAGCAGCUGGGAGAGACCGCACUUCACUAAGAAAAUAAAGAAGAUAACCUCACCGGAAUCAGCCGCCAUGUCCAAGCCGUUCACUGGGGCGGAGCUCUGCUGGUUUGACGACGCAUGCAUCCUCGACAUGGACUAUUUCGUUCAGAUGCUAUCUGGCAUCGAGGCCAAGGGUGUCCGGCCAGACCUGAUUGGAUCUAUCAUUGCCCACUAUGCCUCCAAGUGGCUACCUGACCUCUCUGGAGAUGACUCGGUUGCCUCUGGGCAGGGCCUUGCCCGCUCCAGUGACGACCCGGACUCACCAGAGAGCCUCACGGCUCAGUGGAUGAAGAAGCGGUUCUUUGUGGAGACGCUUGUGGGGAUCCUCCCACCGGAGAAGGAUUCUGUCCCAUCCAAUUUUCUCCUCCGCCUCCUCCGCACUGCGUGCAUGGUUGAGGCUGACCCGAGCUGCCUCGCGGAGCUGGAGCAGAGGGUGGCAGGGCAGCUCGAGGGAGCCUCCCUCAAGGAGCUGAUGAUCCCGUGCUUCAGCCACACGUGCGGGAUGCUGCUCGACGUGGGGCUGGUGAUGAGGCUGGUGAAGAGGUUCGUGGCCGUGGAUGAGGCUGCAGCGGCCAUGAGGAGCGGGGCAGCACUGGUCAAGGUGGCCAAGCUCACCGAUGGGUACCUGGCAGAGGCUGCUCUGGAGCCGAACCUGACAGUGGCGGAGUUCGUGGCUCUAGCUAGGGCCUUGCCCAGCCAUGCACGGGCCAUGGACGACGGGCUGUACAGAGCCAUCGACACUUAUCUCAAGGCGCAUCCAAGCUUGUCAAAGCAAGAGAGGAAGGCUCUUUGUGGACUGAUGGAUAGUCGAAAGCUCUCAGCAGAGGCAUCCGUCCACGCAGCGUACAAUGAGCGCUUGCCCAUUAGAGCGGUCAUCCAAGUCAUCUUCUCGAAGCACAACAAGCUGAGCCAGUAUCUCGACUGGAGUGGCUCAUUCAAUGGGUCCCGCAACCCCAAUGCCACCUUGGAGCAACCUUUGCGGUGCGUCUCGAAGCGGGAAGCCACUGCCCAGCAGGCUGAAAUAAGGAAGCUGAGGGAGGACGUGAACCGUCUCCAGGGUCUGUGCAAUGUGAUGCAAUUCCAGAUCGACCGGCUGCAAAUGGAGAAGAAGAAAGGGUUCUUUAGGUGGAAGAAGUUGGGUUUGAUGCCUUCUUUUAGGAACUUGGGUGGGGUGGUCAUAGAUAAGGUGGAAGAAGGUGAAGGCAGACCAGAAACAGAGGCCGGGUUAGGGAGGUUCACGCCGGUGGACAUGAAGACCAGGCUUGUCAAGGGCAGGUCCGGCAGGACUCCACCCAAGUGGAAGAAAUCUAUGUCAUGAAUAGAUUUUAACAAAUCAAUUGAGAGCAGAUAACCAUAAUACUGUAGUCAUUAAUCCUAUAUAUACAGUAAUAAAAAUGCAAUAUUUGAUCUUUCAUCACGUUGAGGAAGGAACCUUUACA